AAAUACGAAGAAGAAAUUAUGAAGAAUAAAAUGGAUGUUUUGAAUGAAAAGAAAAUGUUUUUCGAAGCAUUCGGUAAAGUAAUGUGUAAUGAAGUCUCUCCUGAACUGAUUGACUACAAGUUUCCUCAAAACUAUAAAUUCAGCGUAAAUGAAAUUCUGAAACAUAAUGAAGAAUUCGCCAAAACAUAUGGAUGUCCAUUCGGUACAAAAAUGAAUCCUCGGAGGAAAUGUAUUCUUUGAGGAAAAAAAAUUAUUGUCGAUGCGUAUAAGUGAUAUUAAUUGUUUUGCAUGUGUCCACGUCAUUUUGUUUUGAUA